UGUCAGCCACCAUGAAAUGAGAAAUUUUUAGAUUUUCAAUAAUUUUGAGCUUUUUAGGCUUCCUGAACUGUCUGAUGGUGUGUGAUGGGCAACAAAAGAAGAGAGGAGAAACUAAAAAAGUUGCUGGAAGAUGCAGACCUCUCAAAAAUAAGGUCUUACAUCCGAAAACACCGCCUGAAGGUGAACAGAAUAGUUGAAAGUGACAAAUCAAGAACUGUUCUUCACCUUGCUUGCGUGAAGGGCAGGGAUGAUGUUGUACGAUACCUGCUGAAAAAGGGCGCUGAUGCAUCACUAGGAGAUGAGCAUGGUGACACAGCUUUGCAUUUAGCUGCAAAGAGGGCCAUUGCUGGAGAAAAAUAUGCAUUUCAGGAUCUUGUUCAGCCGCUGAUGCUCAAAUGUCCAGAGGCUCUUAGGAUCAGGAACAAAUGUGGUGAUUCUGCCCGUAGACUGGUACAGAUUUAUGAAGAUGGACUGAAAUCUUCACAAACAUAUGAGCUGAACUGUCUAGAUUCUGAGAGCAGUGAUGAAUCCACUGCAGAGGAGAGAUGGCAACGAAAACUCAGAGAUGAAGUGGACCAUGAAUACGGAGCCUGGGCUUCUUAUGAAGAAGAUUACUACCAAGACCGAGAUGAAGAAACAUAUGAAGAUUGGGUCGAUCGAAUCCGAUUUGAAAAACAAGCAAAAUACUGGCAAAAUGUUGUAGGUGGUGCCAACAGUGGGGCGACAAAACAGAAAGUUGAAGACAAGGAUCAGGAAGCAAGAGAAUUUCAAAAGAAGCUUGAAAAGGAUCAUGAACUGUACCAGGAAAAGAUGAAAAAGAAGAUGCAGGAAAGAAAGCAACAGGGUGCCAUUUUGAAAAAGAAACUUUACGAACAAAAAUGGACAGACAUAUUUUCAGAAAUCAAAAACGGAAUGCAUAUGUCAUUUUCAGAUAUCCCUUGGCCUGAUGGCUUGUCAAACUCACCCGAUAUUGUCCGGGAAUUUCUGUUUUGUGAUUUUGGCGAGGAGGAAACGACUCUUCGAAAAAAGUAUUUGCGUUCUCAACAGGUUCGAUGGCACCCUGAUAAAUUCAUGCAGAAAUUUGGACAGAACUUGCUUCAGACAGACCGUGAAAGAAUCUUAGAGAAAGUUAAAAGGGUCUCUCAGGUGAUGAAUCAACUGAAUGAGUCCAUACUGUAAGCUCCAACGUAGCGAGUUCCAUUCCCUGUUUCCAAUCCUGACUCACAUCUUCAAAGCAUAGGGUGAUAUGUGCAGGAUUUUUCCUUCAUCUCCAGUUGAAAUGCAUCAUGUGUGCAAAGCUAGAGUGACUGAUCAAAAACAGUAUAGUAUAGUAUAGUAAUAAAAUAGUAUUUUUCAUAAAAACCCUCAU